AUGGGUUCUCAAACUUGGAACCUCCCCGCACCAGUCGACGACCCGGACUCUAUGCUGUCCCGCAAGUUCGGGCGGGAGACCGUCAACUACUUCGCCGGCAGCGUCCUCAACCGCGUCGGCUGGCUGCGUACCGACCACACCUUUAUCCGGUCCGCCUUCCAGUCAAAGGACACCAAAUUCAUGCUCCUCAAGGACCUCAGCCCCCUCACCAGCGCCCCGACGAGAGUGCAGUUUGUCUCGUACGAUGACGUCAAGCCCCUCACCACCGAGGACCCGUUCGGGCCGUCCGAGGAGGAUCUGAUCAAGAACUUUGACUCGACGGUCACGAAGCCGCUCAUCAUUUUCCUGGGUCUCGAGGAGAGCGCAAAGGUGCCGUUUGAGUACAAGGGGCUCAAGGGACGACCGUGGUUCGCUGUGGAUGUGACGCCCAAGGGCUCCUACGCCGAUGCCGCCAACCAGCUUAUCGAGGCUCAGUCGAGCAAGGGGUAUAAGUUCCUCGAGGGAAUGAGGCCGAUGACGCUUGAGCCGGAUCACGCUGGCAUCUACGCCCAGGCCCGUUCCAUCGCAGACUGGAACACACGCAACAAGUUCUGCGCCGGGUGCGGACAGCCGUCCCUGUCGGGCAACACGGGCUACAAGCGCCUGUGUCCCACAACCGACCUCGCCGGCUCCGACACGCCCCGCGAGCGGGCCGAGUGCGCCACCCGCAAGGGCGUCUCCAACAUCAGCUUCCCGCGUACGGACCCGACCAUGAUCGCCGCCGUCGUGUCCUCGGACGGCACCAAGGUGCUCCUGGGCCGAAACAAGCGCUAUCCGCCCAACUGGUACAGCACGCUGGCCGGCUUCAUCGAGCCGGGCGAGUCCAUUGAGGAGUCUGUCCGACGCGAGGUACUCGAGGAGGCCGGCGUGCGCGUGGGCCGGGUGGUGAUUCAUUCGAGCCAGCCGUGGCCGUACCCGGCGAGCUUGAUGAUUGGGGCCAUCGCGCAGGCGCUGCCCGACGGGGAGACGAUCGAUCUCGGCAACGACCCCGAGCUGGAGGACGCGCAGUGGUUCCCGCUCGAGACGGUGCGGGACGCGCUCAAGUUUGGGGUUAGCGGGCUCGGUGAGCCUGCGCCGGAGGGGUACAAGGAGGGCGGGCUGAGAUUGCCUCCUCCGGCGGCUAUUGCUAACCGGUUGAUGACUGCUGUUGUUGAGGGUUAUGCGACUGCCGCGCCAAAGAUACUUGUCCCCAUGUUUGCGUCCCUUCUGGCCUUCUGGGAUUUCCAAGUCGAGAGAGUUGAUUAUGAGCUGAGCGUCAGCAGCACUCUGGGGUCGAUGGAGGAGGCAGUAGAAAGGGAGCCGGGCCUGCCCGCGGACAGCGUGUCAGCGCCCACAGGCUGGAGUACAGGCCAGCACAAGCUCCAACGCAAGUUUGAGCUACAGCUCGCGUGGACAAGCUCCAUCCACUUCCUCCAUCCACAUCCCGCCAAUUGCGCCGCCAUCGAAACCCUCCACCUGUCCCGAGCUCCAAACGAAAUCCCAAAACCUCGCUUGUCCAAAUCGUCGCAAACCAGGUGCCGCUCGCCAGUCGGUCAUUUGCCUGCCAUGUAUCACCUAGCCAAGGGGUUAUACCUCCUAGCUACUAGCAAAGAAGAGUACUCCGUCAUCCUCCUCGGCCUCGACAAUGCCGGCAAGACAACCUUCCACGAGCAAGUCAAGCACUUCUUCCUCGAGUCGCACCCGGACCCGAAACUCAAGACGGUGCCGACGGUGGGCCAAAACGUCUCGACGAUAUCCCUGCCGGACAUGUACCUCAAGAUCUGGGACGUCGGCGGGCAGCACUCGCUGCGCCGCCUGUGGCAGAGCUACUACGCCUCGGCGCACGCCAUCGUCUUCAUCAUCGACUCGACCGACAUUGGCGACGGCAACCUCGAGCACGAUAACGGUUCCGGGCGGCUCGACGAGUGCCGCCUCGUGCUCGAGGACGUGCUGCAGCACUCCGAGACCGAGGGCGUGCCCGUCCUGGUGCUGGCCAACAAGCAGGACCGCGAGGAUUGCGUCGAGGUCGUGAGGAUCAAGGAGGGGCUUGUGAAGAAGGUCUUUGAGGGCGAGAAGGCGAGCAGUAUCCGCGACUCGAGGGUGUUGCCUGUUAGUGCGCUGACGGGCACGGGCGUCAAGGAGGCGGUGGAGUGGGUGCGGUCAAGGGUGAAGUGGAAUAAGGAGUCGAGGCCGCCGGUGAUGCGGUAG